UUAAAAUUCAACUAACCUUAUAACUGAUCAACAACAACAUAACAUAAAAGAUUAUCCUAUGGUUUUAGAAUGAAGCUUAAAAAUUAUUAAUUUUUUAUUAAGGAAUUUAACAGUUUUAAUAUGACAGAAAAAACAGAAGACAGUGUAUAUAAAAAUGAUAUACCUCAUUCUUAUGAUGGCAUUAAUUGGAAGUUGGAAUCAAUCUACAAUAUUAGGGUAGGAAAUAUUUAUGACCCUUCCAAAUUUUGGAUAGUGCAUUUUACAGAAGAGUUAAAUUUAUUUUAUUCAUAUAUGAACAGUUUUUACAAUGAAAAAUAUGAAGAGUAUCGAAUGCCAGUAGAAUAUAUGAAAAGAAACACUUACUGUGCAGUUUACACAGAUAAUGGGUUUUAUAGGGCUCUUAUUGUGGAGAUUACAAAUACAGUGAGACCAGAUGAUAGGAUAAUUGUAUUUUUAUUAGACUUUGGUUAUACUAGCACAGUUUCUCCAGAUAACAUAUACAUAUUAUACGAGAAGAUGUUCCAUAUGCCUAGAUGUGCUAUAAGAGCUUGUUUAUAUGGAAUUGAACCUUAUGAUUCAGAUACUUGGACCACCCAAGCUACAGAAAAGUUCAAGGAGUUAACUCAAGGCAAAAUAUUAAUGGGACAGUUGUGCGGAAUUGAUGAUAAAUAUAAAACAGUAUAUAUUAGAAUUGUGGAUAUAGCUCAUGCUACUGAGCAAAUGGAUGUUGGAGAAACGCUGAUUAUAAAAAAAAUGGCAAAAAUAGCCCGAAUAAAGAAUAUGAAAUGUACAGAAAAACACACAGAAAAAUUUAUACCCAAAGUUAAAUAUCCAUAUUUGUGCCCAUCAUUUGACCUUCUAGAAAGUGGAACCAUGCCUUCAUCAGUGCAUGUUGUGGAGUUAUUAAAAACAUAUAUGAUGACUGAGAAAUUAUUUCAACCAUAUUAUACUUGUGGUGGAAUAGACCAGUAAAACUUACCAUAUUUUUUGACAUAAUGUAUUUUAGUUUUCUUACAAGUGAAUAUCAUCACAUUAUAUGGAAUAAAUAUAUUUUUAUUUUUA